GGCUGAAGGGCAGCAAUCAGUAAAAACAGUUUGAGGCUGUAAUAUGAACAGGAAGCAGCACAGGUCUGAUGGCAUUGGCAAAACUAGACACUUUGGAGUUUAUUGGUUCCUGAGAAAUGUUUCUGUUUCUGAAGAAAACUCUUUGUCUUUAAGCAAGACAUUCACCCGCCCAGUCCCACAUCCUUGUGACUAAACUGAACACUGCCUUCUGAUUGGCUCCUGAACUGCUUGCCUAAUUAAUUCCUGCCUAACUGUAUUCCAUCAUCCUCUAUAAAUACUGAGAAGAAGCCUCUCUAAAGAAACCAUAAGAGUUGGUUGUGGGGUAGAAGUGGCAACUGAUAUCACCAUGUCUCAAAAAGACAAAAAGAAGAAGAUCUCUUCUCAGAAGACAAAUGAGCAGGUUCAGCAGAAUGUGGUAACCUCUGUGGCAAACUUAUCAUUAGCAAGCUCUGCCUGUGAUGUCCACACUACCUGUACUACAACAAAAGAUAGUCACUCUGUUGUUGAAUCGGUCCGCAAGAAACCAGAGAAGGGCAUUAAGAUGGCAGCGACUGCGGCAGCUUGUGGUGUGCAGCCCGUUCUAACAAAACUAGACUCUCAGACUAUCUACAUAUUAAAAGAAUACACCUGCCAAGGGGUAGAUAAGCGGAAAGAGAAACUUCCAGUUGUUCAACAGCCAGCAAAUAAGGUUAUUUCGGACACCAAAAAGCCAUUGUCAACCAAACCGGUCAGUGCUGAAAAGGCCAUUAGCAGUACAGUUGUAAAAGUGAAGAAUACAGUCACAGGAGUGACAGAUGCGGCUCCAAAGACUGCACAAGGGCAAGUGGCUGCAGCUAAGAGUACUGCCAUGGAAUCUGCUGCUGUCCGUCAGAAGGGGGCAAGUAACCCAUUUGCCAUGCUAAGGAAACCAGAUGCUUGGCUGGAUCCCUUCCCCCCAGUAACAGGUCAACAAUUAGCAAGGCAUACAUCAGCUUCUGCGGAGCAGCAGAAAGAGCCCAACAGCUACUCUGUGCACAUGGGAAUGCUCCCGACCAAAGUGUGCCAGCGCUUUGUGGGCAAAAUGAAGGACACAGUCCAAAGCAUCCAGGAUGGACUCUUCCACCUGCACAUAACAUUUGAUCUGAUUGAGUAUUCUAAACGCUCGGUGGAUCAAAAACGCCCAGAUGUGCAGGAAGAGCUCAACAAGAUGUGGCUGACAUGGAGCAUGGCAGAGUUAGAAGUGGCUGAAAGGAAGAACUUGUUAAAGGCAAAGUCAAUCGAGUCUCAGAUAGUGCUGGUAUUCCGUAAUAUUAUUCAGCGUCUACGGACUGGCUGUCUUGCUCUGCGUUUUCAUACUCAGGGACUCCCAGGCCAGGUGCACGAACACAUCCACAAGUUGGAAACACUUAUUGAUUUUCUCCAGACCUAUGCAGCUGUUUCCUUCCAGAAUUUUCCUAGCACCAUGCUGGAUCUCAGCAAGCUGAAGAUCCUCCAAGUACGGAUACUGCUGACUGAUUUGCUAGAUUACGUGACCGAGAACAUAAUUCUCACAUGGUCUAAGCCUCUUGCAUCUUCCAAAGAUCUAUCAGAAGGUACUAAAGGGACUGAGCCUCUUGAAUCUUCCAAAGAUCUAGCAGAAGGUACUAAGGGAACUGAGCCUCUUGCAUCUUCCAAAGAUCUAGCAGAAGGUACUAAAGGGACUGAGCCUCUUGAAUCUUCCAAAGAUCUAGCAGAAAGUACUAAGGGAACUGAGCCUCUUGCAUCUGCCAAAGAUCUAGCAGAAGGUACUAAAGGGACUGAGCCUCUUGAAUCUUCCAAAGAUCUAGCAGAAGGUGCUACAAGGACUGAAGAAACUAACCGGCCUUCAGGCCGCAAGUCAAAAUGAAGAUUAGCACAAGCUUUGAAAUUUUUCUCUUCAUAAUUUUGCUACAGAAAGACCCAUUACUUAAAGCGAACAGAAUUGUUAUUUGAACUAAAAGUGAGCUGCUAUGAAUGGUGCCUUGUCCCCAGUCCUGUGACUUUUUACCACUCUAUAUUGUAUGUCUAUAUCUCUCUUAUCCAUGAAUAAAAUGAAUUGCAUUUGUAAA